AUGGAUUCCACCAGCACAGGGUCCUCGACCCCUCCGACUGGCGCCAUUCGCACGCGCAACAAAACCCCCGGGUCAAUCGCGAAGCGCGCAUGCGACCAAUGCAAGUUCCGCAAGAUAAAGUGUAGCUUGUCGCAACCCUGCAAAGCCUGUCAGUCGAUGGGCUUUGACUGCACAUUUCUUCAGCCACAGAAAAAGCGCGGGCCAACCGGACAUCGCGUGUCGCAAAUUCGACAGCAGCAAACGCAUAUCACGCCCAGAGAUCCUCAGGAGUCACCAAUUGCUAAACAGGACGCCUUCCAAUACCAUCCUCAUGUGCCCACCUCAUCCGUCGAUACGGGCCAGCCCGUAUCGCUGCCGGGGUCCUCCUGGACGCCCGCCCAUGGUGGGGUGACUAUGCCCAUGAAUGGCGCAGCUGGCCUGGCACCAUCGGGGCCACCCACGGGGGUCGUAGACGCCUGGGGUGCCGACACGACCUCUCUAGACUCACACUCAGGCGGCGUUGUUGGGUGGAACGACCGCCCGGAUGUCGAAUACUGGCUACCUGAUAACCUAGGCGCACAGGUGCCGAUAUUCGAAUUCCCCGGAAGUAAUAUUUACCUCAAGCCCUCCCUGCCAUCCAUCAUCCAACCUGUGCCGGACGUCGCGGCGAUGAACAUGCCUUCCCAGGAGCCCCAGGGCAUGCGCUUUUCCCCGGCAGUGGCGUCAAUGCAAUCGUCAGAGAGCCAGGACACCGAGGAAUUCUGGCCCAAUUCGAUUAAUGAAGCCAAUAUGAUCCCAUGGAUUGAUGUCUACUUUGACCGACUGCAUCCGACCGUUCCAGUGCUGAGUCGUUCCUCGCUAUUCACCCGGAUGAUGUCCCAGGAGCAUCGCAGAAAUCCACAUUUUGGAUCGAUGCUGCUAUCACUGUGUGCAUUUUCGUUGACUCAACCAAUUGAGAUCAAUGAACACGCAACAACGUCGUCUCGUGCCACUCAGGCCCGAUCGAUGAUGCACGAGGCCACAAAAAUGCGGAGCUGUUCGGACUUUGGUGAACACCCCACCAUCGAGGCUGUCUUGACCAGCUUCUUCCUAUUUGGAUGUUUAUUUGGAAGCAAUCAGCAUAAUGCGGCGUGGCUUCGUCUACGAGAAGCGUUGGAUCUUGCGUCGACACUCGGUUUGAAUGAUCCGGAGUCUUAUCACAACCUUCCCGGAGAAGAGAAAGGCCAGCGAUUAAGGACCUAUUUGGUUUUAUCUAUCACAGAAAGAGCAUAUGCUCUUCAGCGCCUGCACCCAGUCACGUUUUCUGGCAAGCCCGGAUUCAGCAUGCGCUCUGUUCAUGAUUUCCUACAUAAUGCAGCCCAUAGCCUCGUCUCUGGAAUCAUCGUGCACAAUGAGAAGGACGCGGAGGGUAUGAUGGGACUAGCGCGACUGAUGGAAUCCUUCGACGCCAUCGACGAGGAUUUCAUUCAUUGCUGGAAUCGACGAUGCGAUAUUCGCAACGGCUUCUGCCAGCGGUUCACCGAGACAAAGGCGCUAUCGAUGUUUGAUACCCUGGCUCGGAUCGGCCAAUCGGAGCGGUACCGGGGCUAUGACUGGUUCGACCGAGCUAAGGGAGAUGCAAAUGACAGCAACGCUCUGUUGGCCAUGGGGCUCCGAGAAACACAGGCAGCGGACGUAUUUCUUGCACAGAAGUGGGUUCAGAACCGAGUCUGGCUGCUAUGCUUGAAUCAUGGUCUCCUGCGGACCCAGGCCGAGCGACUUGAGAUGACAUUCGGCUACGCUGUUUCGAUCGCCGAAUCGACAUUAGAACUAUGUCGAUCCUUGCGAUUAAGCUCAAUGGAAGCCCAUGGAAUAGGAUUUACUGAAAAGUUGUAUGAUAUCGCCGUCGGCGCAACAGAUAUUCUCUGUAACAUCAGCCCACCAUUCGGGACCGGAAUGACCCCCUUGGGAAGUUUUUCCGAAUCAAUGUCUACAACCUCCACCCCACAGAGUCUAGCAGAUGACUUUAUGCUACUGUUCAGCAGUUUUCGAGGUGGAAAUCAUCCGUUUCUGGAGAAGUACAAGGCCCAUUUGCGCUCCCUUCAGAUACCUGGGAACUGGUCCUAG